AUGGGUAUAUUCAAUACCAAAUCCAUGAACUAUCAAGCGGUGGCAGAUAAAUCGAAACAACCUUCGUUAUCGGAAAUGACAGAAACAGCUGUGAAACUUUUGCAGCGCAAUGAACAGGGUUAUUUUGUAUUUAUCGAAGGUGGCAACAUCGAUACGGCUCAUCAUGAAAAUAAGGCAGCCAUGUCAUUGGAUGAAACAUUGGAAUUUGAGAAGGCCAUUGAGUUAGCUUAUGAAAUGACAAACCCCGAGGAGACACUUAUUGUAGUUACAGCUGAUCAUGGUCAUGGUCUCACAAUUAAUGGUUAUCCUGGUCGUGGUUCAUCCAUAUUGGGUUUAAGUACACACGAUGUCGGAUCGGAUGGUCUAAAGUACUCCGCACUCAGCUAUCCAUUGGGACGAGAGCAGUAUAUCGAUGAAAGUGGCAAACGUGUGGACUUGGAAAAAAUUCCCAGAAAUAUUGAAACGGUGUAUCCUAGUUACGUAAAAUCCAUUGCUGGUCAUCAUUCGGGCGAAGAUGUUGGAAUUUUUGCCACGGGACCAUUUGCCCAUUUAUUCAGUGGGGUAUUGCAACAACAUACAAUUCCACAUUUGAUGGCUUAUGCCGCUUGCAUUGGUGAUGGACCAACUAUGUGUGAUGAACAUGCUAAUUGA